AUGUCAAAGAAAGCGAAAACCUUGAAUCUGUCUGUGACUGUCACAGGAUCACCAGAACCCAAGGUUGUUUGGUUCAAAGAUGAUGUGCCCAUUGAAGUUGACAAUGUUCACAUUCUGACCAGGGAAGAGGGUCGCGGUCAUUUCACAUUGACCAUCAAGGACUCCCAAGUAACGGAUAUUGGAAGCUAUUCUUGCAAAGCCACAAACAUUGCUGGAGAAGCUCGCACAGAAGCAACUGUCAACGUUACCAAAGAGGCUGUAGCUCCCCAGUUCGUUGAGGUUUUGAGACCGAUACAUGUCAAAGAAAGCGAAACCUUGAAUCUGUCUGUGACUGUCACAGGAUCACCAGAACCCAAGGUUGUUUGGUUCAAAGAUGAUGUGCCCAUUGAAGUUGACAAUGUUCACAUUCUGACCAGGGAAGAGGGUCGCGGUCAUUUCACAUUGACCAUCAAGGACUCCCAAGUAACGGAUAUUGGAAGCUAUUCUUGCAAAGCCACAAACAUUGCUGGAGAAGCUCGCACAGAAGCAACUGUCAACGUUACCAAAGAGGCUGUAGCUCCCCAGUUCGUUGAGGUUUUGAGACCGAUACAUGUCAAAGAAAGCGAAACCUUGAAUCUGUCUGUGACUGUCACAGGAUCACCAGAACCCAAGGUUGUUUGGUUCAAAGAUGAUGUGCCCAUUGAAGUUGACAAUGUUCACAUUCUGACCAGGGAAGAGGGUCGCGGUCAUUUCACAUUGACCAUCAAGGACUCCCAAGUAACGGAUAUUGGAAGCUAUUCUUGCAAAGCCACAAACAUUGCUGGAGAAGCUCGCACAGAAGCAACUGUCAACGUUACCAAAGAGGCUGUAGCUCCCCAGUUCGUUGAGGUUUUGAGACCGAUACAUGUCAAAGAAAGCGAAACCUUGAAUCUGUCUGUGACUGUCACAGGAUCACCAGAACCCAAGGUUGUUUGGUUCAAAGAUGAUGUGCCCAUUGAAGUUGACAAUGUUCACAUUCUGACCAGGGAAGAGGGUCGUGGUCAUUUCACAUUGACCAUCAAGGACUCCCAAGUAACGGAUAUUGGAAGCUAUUCUUGCAAAGCCACAAACAUUGCUGGAGAAGCUCGCACAGAAGCAACUGUCAACGUUACCAAAGAGGCUGUAGCUCCCCAGUUCGUUGAGGUUUUGAGACCGAUACAUGUCAAAGAAAGCGAAACCUUGAAUCUGUCUGUGACUGUCACAGGAUCACCAGAACCCAAGGUUGUUUGGUUCAAAGAUGAUGUGCCCAUUGAAGUUGACAAUGUUCACAUUCUGACCAGGGAAGAGGGUCGCGGUCAUUUCACAUUGACCAUCAAGGACUCCCAAGUAACGGAUAUUGGAAGCUAUUCUUGCAAAGCCACAAACAUUGCUGGAGAAGCUCGCACAGAAGCAACUGUCAACGUUACCAAAGAGGCUGUAGCUCCCCAGUUCGUUGAGGUUUUGAGACCGAUACAUGUCAAAGAAAGCGAAACCUUGAAUCUGUCUGUGACUGUCACAGGAUCACCAGAACCCAAGGUUGUUUGGUUCAAAGAUGAUGUGCCCAUUGAAGUUGACAAUGUUCACAUUCUGACCAGGGAAGAGGGUCGCGGUCAUUUCACAUUGACCAUCAAGGACUCCCAAGUAACGGAUAUUGGAAGCUAUUCUUGCAAAGCCACAAACAUUGCUGGAGAAGCUCGCACAGAAGCAACUGUCAACGUUACCAAAGAGGCUGUAGCUCCCCAGUUCGUUGAGGUUUUGAGACCGAUACAUGUCAAAGAAAGCGAAACCUUGAAUCUGUCUGUGACUGUCACAGGAUCACCAGAACCCAAGGUUGUUUGGUUCAAAGAUGAUGUGCCCAUUGAAGUUGACAAUGUUCACAUUCUGACCAGGGAAGAGGGUCGCGGUCAUUUCACAUUGACCAUCAACGGACCACUCGCACCCACCUUCACAAAAUCGCUCGCGGAUCAAUCAAUAUCGAUCGGUGACCAACUGGUUCUUUUCUGCUCUGUGAAAGGUGCUCCUCAGCCAACCGUGGAGUUUUACCGUGAAGGCGUGAGAAUCAAGUCCUCCACACGAAUCGCAAUUGAGCAUGAUAAAACGAACACUCACUGGAGAGUUCUUAUCAAGCAGUCUACUCAAGAAGACUUCGGCAAAUACCGUGCUCUCGCAAAGAACACUGUGGGAUCCGCCAUUUCUGAAGCUACAGUAUCGACGAAGACUGAUGUACCAGUAUUUGAGCAAGGUUUGAAGCGUACAUCAGUUAAAGAGAAGGAAGAGAUCCGCAUGGAAGUCAAGGUCAGCGGAACGCAACCAGAAGUCUCGUGGUUCAAAGAUGGUCAACCAAUUCAACAAGAUAUAAUUCACGAAAUCACUCAGGAAGCUUCUACUGGUGUCUAUUCUCUGAUAGUCAAAGAAGCUUCAAUGUCUGACGCGGGAAGAUACACAGUGAAAGCUACGAACAUAGCAGGAAGCGUUGAGAGUUCCGCUGAAGUGGAGGUAACCCAAAGCUUUGAAAAGCCAACAUUUGUCAAGGAACUGGUGUCGACUGAGGUAAAGGUCAACGAGACUGCAACGCUCUCGGUGACGGUGAAAGAAAUCAAGGAAAGUGAAAGUGCCACUCUUUCUGUCACUGUCACAGGAAGUCCUCAACCUAAAGUGCAAUGGUUCAAAGACGACGUCCCAAUUCAAAUCGACAAUGUUCAUCUCUUUGCUAAAGAAGAAGGAAGCUACUCGUGCAAAGCAACCAACGAAGCUGGAGAAGCUCGCACCGAGGCAACAGUUCACGUUGCUAAGGAAUCCAUAGCUCCUCAGUUCACCGAAAUUUUGAGACCAAUACAUAAGCUCGCACCGAAGCAACAGUCCAACGUUGCAAAAGAAUCUGUUGCUCCGCAGUUCGUUGAGGUUUUGAGACCGAUACAUGUCAAAGAAAGCGAAACCUUGAAUCUGUCUGUGACUGUCACUGGAUCACCAGAACCCAAAGUUACAUGGUUCAAAGACGAUGUGCCCAUCCAAAUCGACAAUGUCCAUGUUCUUUCCAAGGAUGAGGGUCACGGUCACUUCACUCUGACCGUAAGAGACGCUCGUGUGUCAGAUGUUGGCAGCUAUUCCUGCAAAGCUACUAAUGAAGCUGGUGAAGCGAAAACAGAAGCAAAAAUGGCCGUUGUAGAAGACCUGGUUCUACCGCACUUCACUGAAGGAUUGAAACCACUUGAGGUGGAUGAGGGUAAACCAGCAGAACUGACAUGUACUGUAGUUGGUAAACCAGAGCCAGAGAUAACUUGGCUGAAGAAUGGCGUUCCUGUUCAAAUAGACGGUUCAAAUGUCAUCAGAAAAGACUCCGAAGGUCAACAUACUUUAAUAAUAAAGAAUCUACGAACGGAAGAUGUUGGCUCCUACUCCUGUGAGGCCGUUAAUAAGGCUGGCAAAGAUGUGACAAUAGCUGAUUUGAAGAUACCUAAGUACGGAUUCGAGAAGCCCAAAGUCGAAGAAGUACAACCGUUGUUCAUCGAGCCGCUGAAGGAAACUGUCGCCUCGCAAGGGGAGACAGUGGUGCUCGAAUGUCGUGUGAACACGGAGUCACAACCAGAAAUUCAGUGGUACAAAGACGACAAACCCAUUGAACUUAGCCAACAUAUGGUAUUUGAAACGCUUGACGACGGCAAAAUCAAGUUGACAAUUCACAACGCAACCAAAGAAGAUGUCGGUUCGUAUCGUUGCGAAGCAGUGAACAAAGUCGGCAAAGCGGAAACGCACGCCAAUCUACAGUACGCUGUGACUGUGCAGGAAACGGUUACCGACGAAAGCGAGCAGCUACACGAAAUGGUUGCGGAGACGAUCACCACCACCGAGACAAAGGCCGGUAGAGGCCCACCGGAAUUUGUAGAACUAUUGCGAUCGUGCACUGUCACCGAAAAACAGCAAGCCGUUCUCCGCUGUAAAGUGAAGGGCGAGCCACGACCAAAAAUAAAAUGGACCAAAGAGGGCAAGGAGGUGGAAAUGUCCGCACGAAUCAAAUCAGAGUUCAAAGAAGACGGCACGUUGACGUUGACGGUCGACAAUGUCACUCAACAAGAUGCUGGAGAAUAUACAGGUAGUAGAAGGCGAGACAGCUGUGCUAGACGUAAGCUUUCAGGAAAACCAAAACCAACCGUGAAAUGGUACAAGAACGGCGAGAACAUAAAACCAACCGACCGUUUCGUCAUUGAUUCGCUCGAUGACGGUACUCAGCGACUGACAGUGAAGGACACCACCAUGAGCGAUAUGGGGACGAAGAAACCUCAAGAAGCACCUUCGUUCACAAAGACACUUGUCGAAGUCGCUGUCGUCGAAGGGGAAACAGCCACCUACGAAUGCAAAGUCGCCGGACAUCCACAACCUGAAAUCAAGUGGUUCAAAGACAAAGAAGAGAUCGCUGCCACUGAUGAACACUUCAUCCAAACAAAGGAAGCCGACGGUACCGCCCGUCUUGUUAUCAAAUCCACUAAGGUGAAAGAUUCUGGUGAGAUUCGUUGCGAAGCUCGUAACCCUGCUGUAACAGCUCGAACAGACGCACCUCUGACGGUUUCACUACCCGAAGAGGAGAUAGCUCCCGAAUUCGCUCAGGAACUUACCGCUUGCCAGGUCAUGGAAGGACAAUUGGCUAAAUUCGAGUGCAAGGUGAAAGCUGGUCCUCACCCAAUAAUCAAAUGGUUCAAAGAUGGUGAAGAAUUGAAACCAGGCGAUGGUGUUCACAUCGAAUCCCUUCCGGACGGCACCAAUCGGCUCACCAUUGACAAGACCAAAAUCGCCGAUCAAGGCAAUUAUCGCGUGGAGGCCACAAACCCUGCUGGUUCGAUGAGCAGCAAAGCACCGCUCGCCGUUCAGGAACGACGAAAAUCGAGCGCGUUUCUGACCACGAGUAUAAACUCGAAGUGGAGAACUGCGAGAUGUCGGAUGCUGGUGCAUAUCGUGUUGUUCUGUCAACAGAAAGCGAAUCAGGUGGAAUCGAGCUGUAUCGUCACCGUGAAAGAGAAGGCGGUCAAGGUGCAGUUGCCUUCAUUCAAGAAAGGACUUAAUGACCAGGCAGUACCAAAGGGACAACCGCUGGUGCUUGAAGUCGAAAUCGAAGGAACACCAAAGGUUGUGAAGUGGUAUAAGAACGGUGACGAACUGAAGAAUGCUAAGACAGAAGACCUCGGUAAUGGAAAGUAUCGUCUCACGAUUCCCGACUUCAAAGAGUCGGACGUUGGAGACUACAGUGUCACUGCUGAGAAUGACGUUGGAGAAGUGGAGAGCAAAGCCAAGGUAACCGUCCAAGAAGCGCCAGAUGACGGUAAGGACAAAGCCAAACCAGAAAUUGUCUCAGGACUCAUUCCAACCUCAGUGAAACAAGGCGAGACGGCCACGUUCACUGUGAAAGUCAAAGGACCCGUCAAAGGCGUCAAAUGGUACUGGUACAAAAAUGGUAAAGAGAUACCUGAUGCUAAAACCAAGGACAAAGGAGACGGUACCUACGAGCUCACUAUUCCUGACGCGAAGAAGGACGAUGCAGCUGACUACAAGGUUGUUGUCUCGAAUGACGCUGGCGAAGUGGAUUCAGCUGCAGCGCUGACCGUGAAAACACCACAGAUCGAAAUCGUCAAAGGACUUGAAGACACUACCAUACCCCAGAAACAGACCGGUGUGCUCGAAAUUGAGACCAGCCGUCCACCAAAGCAGGUCAAAUGGUACAAGAACGGUAAAGAAAUCUCUCCGUCUGAUAAGGCACAACCGAAGAAGGUUGGAGAUAACAAAUAUCAACUGGUGAUCCCCGAUGCUGGAAAGGACGACAGCGCUGAUUACAAGGUCGUACUCACCGACGAUGACAACAACACAGCUGAGUCGAGUUGUGCUCUCACCGUCAAACUUCCUGGAGGAAUUGAAAUUGUUAAAGGACUCGAGGAUACUACCGUACCCCAGAAACAGACCGGUGUGCUCGAAAUUGAGACCAGCCGUCCACCGAAAGCAGGGUACAAGAACGGUAAAGAAAUCUCUCCGUCUGAUAAGGCACAACCGAAGAAGGUUGGAGAUAACAAAUAUCAACUGGUGAUCCCCGAUGCUGGAAAGGAUGACAGCGCUGACUUACAAGGUACGGUCGUACUCACCGACGAUGACAACAACACAGCUGAGUCGAGUUGUGCUCUCACCGUCAAACUUCCUGGAGGAAUUGAAAUUGUUAAAGGACUCGAGGAUACUACCGUACCCCAGAAACAGACCGGUGUGCUCGAAAUUGAGACCAGCCGUCCACCAAAGCAGGUCAAAUGGUACAAGAACGGUAAAGAAAUCUCUCCGUCUGAUAAGGCACAACCGAAGAAGGUUGGAGAUAACAAAUAUCAACUGGUGAUCCCCGAUGCUGGAAAGGAUGACAGCGCUGAUUACAAGGUCGUACUCACCGACGAUGACAACAACACAGCUGAGUCGAGUUGUGCUCUCACCGUCAAACUUCCUGGAGGAAUUGAAAUUGUUAAAGGACUCGAGGAUACUACCGUACCCCAGAAACAGACCGGUGUGCUCGAAAUUGAGACCAGCCGUCCACCGAAGCAGGUCAAAUGGUACAAAAAUGGAAAAGAAAUCUCCCCGUCCGAUAAGGCACAACCGAAAAAGGUUGCUGACAACAAAUACCAACUGGUUAUCCCCGAUGCUGGAAAAGAUGACACAGCUGAUUACAAGGUUGUACUCACCGACGAUGAUGGUAAUACGGCCGAGUCGAGCUGUGCUCUCACAGUGAAGCUCCCAUCUGGAAUUGAGAUCGUCAAAGGACUUGAGGAUACUACCAUACCUAAGAAGCAGACCGGAGUGCUCGAAAUCGAGACCAACCGACCGCCUAAGCAGAUUAAAUGGUACAAGAACGGCAAAGAGCUGACACCAUCUGACAAGGCGCAGCCGAAGAAGGUUGCCGAUAAUAAGUACCAAUUGGUCAUUCCCGAUGCCUCCAAGGAAGACACUGCCGAUUACAAGGUUGUGCUCACCGAUGACGACGACAACACAGCCGAAUCGAGUUGUGCCCUCACAGUUAAACUUCCAGCUGGCAUUGAGAUCGUCAAAGGUCUCGAAGACGCAACGGUACCCAAAGGAAAGAAAGCUGUUCUUGAAGUGGAAUCAAGCCGAUCACCGAAGCAGGUCAAAUGGUACAAAAAUGGAAAAGAACUUACCCCAUCCGAUAAGCCAGAGGUGAAGAAGGUGAACGAUACCAAGCAUCAGUUGGUCAUUCCGGAUGCCAGCGACGAAGACACUGCUGACUAUAAGGUACUGUUUCUAGGCGCCAUUAACCAGUGUAACCCUUCACGUACGGGCGGGGUUGUUUAG